CUACCGGCGCCGGAGCCGGAGCAGGACGAAGACAACUCGCGAGGAGUUCUCAGCGAAGAUGCGCCGGCGGCGUGCGAAUGAUCUGGUGGUCCGACAUUUUCUGGAUCUGUGCUCGCGUGCAGCGAUGCUCUCGCUGUUCCGAUCGCUCAGCUAGGCCAGCACAGAGCGCUGUCUGAUUGUUCGUCCCGAGGAUUUCUUCUCGUGGAAAGUAUCUCAUUGCAUUCGUUUCCGUCUCGCGUGCCAAAUUUGAGAGUCAGAAUUUGUUCGCUCGCCUCUAAACUUCGACCUGGGGAGUGGAAAGAGUUCAAAAGGUUCGAGCGUUUGGGAGACAGAGUGCGCCAAGCACUUUGACAGUCAGUGUCUCGACAUCGAGAGAGACGAGUGCACAUGUGUUUGUGACAGGUACAGAUUGGGCCCCUAAUCGCCGCUGAUAAUUAAAAGGAAUGAGCGAUCGAGGGCAUUUGCAGUCACCGAGGAAUUUCGAGCGCGAUGUGGACCCUGCCAGUGGUCCUGAGGGUCGAAGUGGUUUGGAGCGCAUCCGCAGCAUGGAGCGGAGACGGAACAUGGAGCGGAGGCUGGAGCAAUUGCGUCGGGAGCAAGGGCUACGAGAACGACAGAAAUUACCUUUGAGCAUCGGGGCGAGGGUGAAGACUGAAAUGAAGAAAUUGUUGACCAGGACGACCGAAGACGUGUCCGAGGACGAGGACGAUACGGGAUCCGAGGUCGACGAUGGUGUAAGACGAGAAAAUCCAGGCGUAGGCAUACUGUGGAGAAUGUCGUUCUGGGCCACGAUGUCUUUGUUCGCAUAUGUAUUUCUGAAUGGUCCUCGCAUGCAGGCCAAUUUUGUCCCUGACAUCGUCGAGAGGGAUCCUAUUUCAAGAAUCACCCGGCCUAGGAACAGGCGGCCUCGAAGUGGUCAUUGAUCUUUCCGGAUGUUUUCCUACUCCGUUUGCCGAGCAAAACCCCCGUGAUUGCCACUUGGCAAAGGGGCAUCUCUACGAGUUUUUGGAUCGAGAGCGGCAGAUAGGUCGGCCAAUCUAGUCGGGCCGAGGAGGGGGUUUCGUAAUUGAUGAGUCAAAAGGGUAGCCAAUUUUCGCUACCAUAGAUGCGGCAUUUGUUCAGUUUUGAUACAUAGUGGAAGGAGGGCAUCCUCCGCAUUCUCUCUCAUUAGAAGAGCUUUUUAGUGUUCGUUCACGUGCAUUGGCGAGACUCAAGAUCAACGGCGUGUUGGAUACAGACGAUUCCAGCCGAGCUGCACCGCUUCUCAUUGACUGAAGCGUUCAAUCGCUCGAAUGCCAUUUGUCUAAUACAUUCGGUGGGCAUGAGAAGAUCAUUCGCAUUCCAGCUUUUCAACUCCAAUGCUUCAUCUUUGUCUAUCGGCGUAUGU